AUGGCAUUGAAGAACACAACUUAUAACUUGGGAUACCCUCUCUAUGGAGCUCGGUUUAUUACCCAUAAUGUUUUGGUCGUCGCAGGCGGUGGUGGCAGGGAUCAACCUACGUUACGCAGUAAAUUGACUGCCCUGAAAGUCGAUUUCACUAAGAAAAAGGUUAUAAAGAGGUUUAGGGAGAUUACUCUUGAUAGUUCAGAUGAUUCACCAACCACUUUAGAUGCAGCUAAGGGUGUAAUUUUGUUAGGUUGCAAUGAAGGUGCAGAAAAAAUCGCAGAAACAAAUGUGAAUCACCAUAUCAGAAAAUACGUCUACCAAAACGACCAUUUACAAUUCACAGCAAGUAUUGAUUUUGAUGGGUCUGCUAAUCCUGAGAUCUACACCAAAUUGACAGCAAUCUCGCCGAAUGGUGCAGCUGCUGCUAUUGCUUCUUCUACAGUCCCCUCGUUAAUAAGAGUGAUUAACCCUGUAGAUCUUUCUCAGAAAUACGAGAUACAAACUGGUAGGGAUGUAAGAGAUCUUGCCUUUUCGUUGGAUGGUCAAUUAUUGGCAUACGUGACACCAAAUGGUCUUGAUGUAGCCUCGAUUGCAUCAGGAGAAUUUGUGAUUAAGAAAGCUGAUUUCGAAAAAGAUUUAAUAUUUUCUAAGAUCAGAUUUAUUUCUAAUGAUAGUGUUUUAAUUGCUGCUACAUAUGCAGAAAAAGAUGGUGGUGUCUUGCUAAAAGUGAAAUUCAACAAAACAGGUGGUAAAAUUAUUCAAAGAAGACAGAUAUCUGAUAGACUGGGAUCAAUUACAGCUCUUGAAGUCGAUUCUAAAAAUGAAUUUGUCGUUCUUGCAACUAACGAAAAUUCUGUGGCUAUAUUUAAGAUUAAUGACCUCUCCGGCAUUGAAUCAUUCAGAAAUUUACAUGGGUUAUUAAUCACAAAGAUUGCUAUCUCUCCAGACUCCAAAUUGAUUGCCACGGUAUCUGCUGGGAACACUGUUAAUGUCAUUUCCAAGACAAACGGUUCUCUGGGGUCAAUAUUUUCUGUCAUGAAGAAAAUUUUAAUUAAUGUUGUACUUGUGGUUGUCGUAGCUGCAUUGGCAAAUGUUGCUUACAAGAAUAACUUACAUUUAAAAUCUUAUGAAUAUGCUAAGAAGAAGUAUCUUGAAAGAAGAGACACUGAAAAUAAUGUUAGCUCUGAAAUUAUUCAACCUUUGCAGAAUUUGGUGACUACUACAAAUAUUAUUCAAGAUGAUAUUGUAAGCGUUUCAUCAUACACAAGUUACAAAAAUAAAGAAGAACUUUCAAUUAACACUGAUGAUUUUAUUUCAUCUUCAACUACCUCACCAGCCACAACAAUCAAUAUUUUAUCUUCAAUUAGUGAACCGUUAUCGAUUGCCACUGUAUCAACGGUUGAACCGGAAAUCUCAUUAACAUCAGGUGUGAUUUUGGAGACUUAUUCUUUUGACAGACAUUUGGAUAUGCCAACUUUCAAUGAAGAAGAACUUUCAAUGAUGAAAGAAAACUCUGCUCAUAAAUCUUUGAAAUCAAAAGAGACAACGUCGGAAUCCAAGGCUUCGGUGACACAAUCUACUGUCAUUUCUUCUGAGACCAAUACUGAUGUAGCUAGUGAGACAAAUACGGCUUCAUUAAACGCAGGAAAAGAAACUUCUUCUGAGUCAAUUGUCUCAUCAUUAAUGACAACUAGAGAAAUCUCCUCUGAGCUAGCUGUUUCAUCGCUAACAGCGAAGGACGAAGUCCCUAUACAUUCAAGGAUUGAACUAAAGCCUGAUUUGAAGACAAGUGGUGAGACCGCGUCAACCAUAGCAAAGAGUGCUACAACAACUGAUAUUCCUCGAAUGACGUCUAAGUCUGAAACUGUAAAUCAUGAGGAUGCUAGUGGAGAAGAAAGUAAAACUAAGAGUUUUUCAGUUAACUUAACUGGCGGAUUAUCACUUUCUAGCGGUUCGUUGACUCCCUCUUCUUAUAGCGCUAUUGUAUCCGACCAUUCUGUUAUUUCGGAACCAGUACACUCUCGUCUAUCUAGUAAAUCAUUACCUGCUGUUCCAUUGGAAAAAACAGGUACCAUCUCAAUUCUAGAAAUUUCCACCCCCAGCACAUUCUUCUUCUCCUCCUCCUCCUCCUCCUCCUCCUCCUCCUCCUCUUCUUCUUCUUCUUCUUCUUCUUCUUCUCCUCCAUCAUCAAAACUCCUUCCUGCGUCUGAAGAAAUUAGUAGUACUAAAGGAGUUACAGUAUCAAUUGUUCCAACCCAGACUUCUAUCAAACCCCAUCACUUUUCUGAUGUAUCUAAAACAGAGACAAAUGUAUCUGAAUAUGACUCUAUACCAGCGUCCGUGCAAUCAGUUGUUACUUCAUCCUCGAAGAAUGAAGUUAAGAGUAUAUCAUCUUCUUCUUUAACAACACAAAGUGUAAUGUCCUCUAAGACAGUAGAUAUAGAGAAAGAGGGAGUUGCAGCUAAGCCUAUAUAUACAACAUCAUCAAUAGCAGCAACGACUAUAGCCUAUUCUUCGAUGAACAAGAUGUCCAUUGUAUCUGUAGAAAAAAAGAAGGAGACACUUGCAUCAUCAAUGUUAUCCUUUAAAGAGAAAGCAAUUAAACAAAAAAUUACUAUUGAUGGUGUUGUUUAUGUGGUUGCGUCAGAGGAUGGUACUGCAGAGACUCCUACAUCGACCGAAAAGACACAAACUGUCCUUAACCCUACAUUUAUAUUGACUUCGAGUGAAACUAUGAAGUCUCAGAUAUCUAGUGUUACUUCAUCAAAUACAGUCACCUCUCAAUCUCAAUUAACUUUUGAGAAGGGUACAAUUUCUUUGGUAUCUUCAAUUGCUGAAAAUGACCACAAAUCAAUGGAUACUAGUAUCAAUACAGUACAGGACAACUCUGAAGCAGACUCUACCCAGAUUAGCGAGAGUCAAUCUAAGAUAACAAUAGAUAGUUCCAUUCUUAAAUCGCCGUCCUCAUCUGUGACCACUAGUAACACGGUAACGAAAAUAGCUAAAACCGUGGUAGAAGAAAUUAUCGAAAACGAAGUUAACACAACUCAAAAAGAGCAUAAUACAAAAUCCCAAUCGGUUUCACCAGAAAAGGUUUCUCUAAUUACUCCAAUCAUCCCAGAUACUAUCAUAGAGAUAACAUCUGUUGUUGACAUUAAUGAGCUAUCUUUAAAUGAUGUUACGACUACCCCUGAAACAGAAAAUACUAUUUCCACCGUUGAACUUGACAAAUCUUCAAGGAUCGUUACAACGGACAUGACUGUGACAUCCUCUGUUGGCACUAAUGAAUCUUCUAUAGGCCAUGAUGAAUUGUGA